ACACUUUCUACUGUGUUUGAAUAGCCAAUCUUUACUUCACAAUAUCAGAAGAGUCGAGUAGCCUGUCCUGUCAUUCUGUCUGUUCACAAUGAGUGUUGCGUUGUGACUGGUUGAGUUUGUGUCUUGCAAGAUCAUUAUUUUUUUGUGAAGCUCAGCUAGCUAGCUGGGGAGUCCAGUCCAGUUUUAAAACAUUUUGAGUCUGAAGACAAACCGAGAUUUCACAAUAAAUUAUGGAUGGCAUUAUAAACACGUCGAGGUGCUGCUCGAGGAUCAUUCGUCAUGUCAGGCACUUUGCAGUAGGUAGACACCGCCUUGGUGGAAGCCAGCUGCCUGCUGCGCGCAUCGCGACGCCUGCUGCACAAACAUACCAUUCUAGAAUUGCUUGUGUCGCUCCUCUCCGUCAUUCAUUCGUUGGUCUUGGACGGCGCUACAUGUCCAGCUAUGAGAAUUCGGCAAACCCGUUGGUGCUUCCAGCCGAGCUACACGACCCUCUCAUGGAGUACGCACGACAACUGGCGGCGCAGAGCAAAACCCUGGAGCAGUGGGCCGAGGUGGAAGUUCCGUCUGCAGCACGCCAGCGUAGCAACUUCAGCAAGACGCGCCGCUUUCUGACCGGUGUCGUAGCGCGCCUGGAUGAAUACGACAAGGUUCUGCAGCAAAUUGAGGAGUUGAAGGAAAUGCUCAAGGAGCCAGACCUCAAGGCGAUGGCCACUACUGAAAUCAAAGAAUGUCAUGACAACCUGGUGGAAAUCAUGAACUCAUUGGCAGGGCAAGUGUUCCCUGCUGAGGAAAUUGAAGACAGAAAUUGCAUAAUGGAGAUCCGUUCUGGCGUUGGUGGCUCAGAGGCAGCGUCAUUUGCUAUGGAGCUGUUUCGCAUGUAUGAAAAUUUUGUUCGGUACAAGGGAGGCAGGUUUGAGAUAACCAACAUCGUUCCUUGCACCGAGGAUGGCUACCGGGAAGCCUCUGCAUUCAUAACGGGGAAGUCGCUUUUUGGUGCGCUUCGGUUCGAGAGUGGUGUACAUCGUGUGCAGAGAGUACCAAAGUCGGAUACCAUGGGUCGUCGUCACACCAGCACCGUGGCCAUCCUCAUCCUACCAGAACCCACCGAGCUAGAUAUUGUCAUUGAUGCCAAGGAUUUGAAAUAUGAAGUGUUCAGAGCAUCUGGUGCUGGUGGACAGCAUGUCCAGAAGACAGAGAGUGCAGUACGUGUGACUCACAUCCCAAGUGGCAUUGCAUUCCGCUCUGAAACAUCUCGUGUGCAGAGUGUGAACAGAGAAAACUGCCUGAAGCUGCUUCGAGCCAAGCUCUUUGACAUUGAAUCAUCAAAAAAGGAACAAGAUGAACAGGAGCAUCGCAAAUCGAUUGUGGGCAAGAUGGACUUCAGCGAGAAAGUCAGGACCUUCCACUACUUUGGGAUGCAGGUUGUUGACCAUCGCUUUGAUCUCAAAACCACUGGACUGACAGCGGUGCUGAACAAUGCUGCCGAUACUGCUGCCUUCCUGGAGAAGGUGGCCACGUCUGCAAAGAUCAGUGCUAUCAGGAAAGCGCUGAGGGCAUCGCCGCCGGACCACAUCUCCGAGUUUAAGCCCAAGACACUCUAUGCGGCCGAGUCCCCGUGAGUGUGUUCCGGGCCGGAGUCAGCAAAUACCCUGAAACCUGUGCACUGUGCAUGGUAUAAACGUAUGUGCUGUGCCGGAUUGACCAACAUGCACAUGGACGCACUCUGCAAGUCUUUUGUUCCUCGCCCGAACAGAAAACCGCUGGCGUAAGCUCUCAGCUGGGUUUUUUUCCGCCAUGCUAUUCACGUUACAGUGUGGAUGGUAUAGCAGGCCGCAUAUCCAGUAGUGUUGCUGUUAUAGGUGUCCACCCCUAUCAUAAGACUCACCACUACAGCUCAGUGGUACAGUACACUGCGAGAGGCAUCGGGCAGCUUGCGUCCUAUUGGCACACUGAACCCGACAUGCAAUUGCCAAUGAAUGCGUUCCGCACUGUACUGCAUGUCGGGUUUCACACACAAAACUUUGAUCUCUUGGUGCAAAUUUGAUAUCACUUUGAGGCGACUGACCUGCUUGUACAGAGCUGCAACUCACAACACACAGCAGUCCAUACCUCAUAACAGAAACCCCACUCUGGCCUCCUGAUGAGAAGCGGGACUUCCCCCCGGCUUGGCCAUACUCUAGCAUUUAGCACAGGUUCAUUAGCUAUCAUGAAUGCAUUCUUUUCAAGCUGGACAUAAAAUAUCGUACUGUAUUCAGUCGAGGCACCUAUUUAUUCCAGUUCAUAAGUAUUAUAACUAAAAGAUACUCUAUAGUCUAGACGACUAUGGACAAAGCGGUAUUGUCAUCGCACUGUUGAGUAUGCUCAAUACUGUGUGUAUCAAAAGUAUACUUCUGGACUUCUAAUUUUCACCACCCGAACAGUCUGUGUACUCUCUCUCUCUCUCUCUCUCUCUCUCUCUCUCUCUCUCUCUCUCUCUCUCUCUCUCUCUCUCUCUCUCUCUCUCUCUUCUCUCUCUCUCUCUCUCUCUCUCUCUCUCUCUCUCUCUCUCUCUCUCUCUCUCUCUCUCUCUCUCUCUCUCUCUCUCUCUCUCUCUCUCUCUCUCUCACAUCUCCUCUCUCUCUCACACCUACUCUCUCUCUCUCACACCUACUCUCUCUCUCUCUCUCUCUCUCUCUCUCUCUCUCUCUCUCUCUCUCUCUCUCUCUCUCUCUCUCUCUCUCUCUCUCUCUCUCUCUCUCUCUCUCUCCCUCUCUCUCUCCCUCCUCUCUCUCUCACACCUACUCUCUCUCUCUCUCUCUCUCUCCUCUCUCUCUCUCUCUCUCUCUCUCUCUCGCUCUCUCUCUCUCUCUCUCUCUCUCUCUCUCUCUCUCUCUCUCUCUCUCUCACUCUCACUCUCUUUCUCUCUCUUCUGAUCCUCCUCCUGCUCCCCCGUCCAUGUCUCUUACGUCUGAUGUUAUGCUCUAUUUAAAUACGUCUCUGUAGGCCGUAUCAUGUUGUCCUUGGGUGUCGCUCUUCUUGCUCUGUUUCUAGUCCUUGCUGUGGGAUCCAUUCUACAUGUUGUUGCUCUUGCAGUAGGCAUUGGCUGAGAAACUGGAGUCGCCGCUGUAGCCA